UUUCGUGGACAUACAGUAAGGUUUGAGACUGAGCAGCAGAUAAUAAAACUCUUGCUCGUCCUGCCUGAAGUCAAGUUGCAGGACUCACUCUGAAAGGAUCGAAUCAGCAAAGCGAUUUGUCGGCACUCGAGCGCGCGCGCAGAUCGCGAAAGCAAAAAGGGUGUUCGGAAACGGGAGCGCGAGCGCGCAGAGGAGAGCGUCGUUUGCCGUGGUGAGAAGUUUUGCUUCCGUACUUUCACGGAACGGACAGGACCGUGCACGUGCGCCGAGAGCCGUCGCGCGCGCUUCGAGAGCUUGGCAGCAGGUUGAGGACUGAGAUCUCGGCACGUGCGUGCGCUCUGCGUCCGCGGCGUUCAAGGAGGAGCGGAAUCAGACGCGCGCGCCAGGACUUGCUGAUGCCAGCGCGUGCCGGAUGAGCAUGAGUCCGCUGACAUGGCUCGCUGUGACCGCGGCGUUCAGACACUUCUCACGGCUCUGGGCGCGUUCGCCGCCUUCAGCCUCAUGACGGUGGCCAUCAGCACGGACUACUGGCUCUACUCGCGCGCCUACGUGUGCAACGCCACCAACGGCAGCGCGGACGAAGCGGACAACCUGCUGCAGUCCAAAAAGACCAAAGGAGACCUGACCCACUCUGGACUCUGGAGGAUCUGCUGCAUUGAAGGAAUCAACAAAGGAAGCUGUUACCGGAUCAAUCACUUCCCUGAGGAUAAUGACUAUGACACAGACAGCUCUGAGUACAUCCUGCGGAUCGUGCGAGCAUCCAGUCUUUUCCCCAUCCUGAGCACUAUCCUGUUGCUGCUGGGAGGAGUGUGUGUGGCUGUAGGACGGGUUUACAGUGGCUGGAACAACAUCCUCCUUAGCGCUGGCAUCUUAUUUGUGGCUGCAGGUCUGAGCAACAUCAUAGGAAUCAUCGUGUAUAUCUCGAGCAACGCCGGUGACCCCAGCGACAAGAAAGGUGAAGACAAGAAGUAUCAGUACUGCUACGGUUGGUCCUUUUACUCCGGCGCAUUGUCGUUCAUCGUUUCCGAAGCCAUCGGGGUCCUCGCUGUGAACAUCUACAUUGAGAGAAACAAGGAGGUCCACGUCAAACGGCGCAACUUUCUGAGAAGCGGCCCCUCGUCUUCGUCACCAUACAUGCGAAUCCCAAGCUACCGGCAGCGCAGGCGGCGCUCUCGCUCUAGCUCGCAUUCCACCGAGCCGUCUCGCGACAACUCGCCAGUCGGACGGAAGAUGGUGGCAUCAGCACUUCCUCUAGGUGACAUCUCCAUGUACACUCUAGGUCGAGAGCAUCCACUGAGGUCGGGAGGCGCACCCGGGCCAUACCCAGAUCCACCUAACUUUCUGCAAGUUCACAACUGCUUCGCCAAAGCUGCAAAAGACGGCGUUAACCGCAGGACCACGCCUGUUUGAACAGCACAUGAGUUCUGGUUAAAGAUGGCUGAUAAUCAUGGUGGCAUUGGGAAGUAUCACAUGGGCUGAGUUUGAAGCAUUGAUUUGAGGGAGCAAUGUUUCUUUAACACGUGAUUUAGAGAUAACUAAUAGAACUUUGUAGCAUUUUCUGAGUCAGAUUUUGGCUCAGGGUUUCAUACUGUAUAUUCAUAGGCACAGUCUGGAGUCCAAGUAGCAAUAUUUCAAUGCACUUUAUAUGAAUAUUGAAAUAUUGAAAUUAUUGUAUUUUUAUGUGAUCCUUGUGUCGUUAUGUUUGACACUCAAGGCCAAUUCACACUGGACACCUCAGUGAAAGAUUUUCAACCCACCCCAGCGACAUUAGAGAUUAGAGUGUGUGUCAGUGAAGCGUCCUUAAUGCAGCCACUUGUUCUCACAAUAUACAAAGAUGUCAUGAUCAUCUAACCCUUGGUUCCUAAGUGUUUAUAUGCUAUGAUACUACUUUUCAUGUCAACAUGUGAAAACAAAAGAAAUACAAACAUUCGUUUUUCACUGUUUUAUUAAACAGUUAUGGAAAUGACAGCUGGCAGAUCACUAUGGGUAAAAAAUGAGUAGUCAAGAGCAAGCAAAACUUUAUAUUAGCUGUUCUUCUUUUGACUUUUGGACGUUACAUCCAGACCAUCACACUAAAAGUUUAGCAAAAGUACCUAUGCACCUACUAUU